UUAUUUUCUAAAAAAGAAGUUUUUAUUAACCUAUCAAAAAAAUGUUAUGGUUAUAUUAGCACUUAAAAAUUACUAAAUAAAUAAUUUAAUCAUGGCUGGGCAAAUGUUAAAUGUUAGCAAAACUUUUCAAAAGCUGUGUAUUUCAUCUAGGUGUAAAUUAGUAGCUACAAUCGUUAAUCCUUUCAAAGAAUGUGAUGCUCAAAUUAUCACUUCAAAUUCGACUAGGAACGCAAACUUUUUCAGCAAACCUACGGCCCAACACUUGUGGAAGGGAAUCACAUCCGUCAGUAAUGCUGGUAAGAAAAGAGGUCGUGGUAAAAACGUAUCAAAGUCCAAAAUAAAGGAUUUAAACAGAGGCCAAGUCAUCGGUCUCGGUAAAGCUAAUAUUAUAUGGCCCGGUUUGUCUGCUCCUAUAAUAAGAGGCAAAGAAUUAGUUCAACAACAACAAUUACCGGAGGAUCCAGAAAGAGAAAAGAAACUCAGUCAACUCAGGGAUCAAAUGGGUAUUGUCAAACGACAGAAAUUAAGUCCUAUAGAAAGGGGAUGGUCUGGACAUAAAAUGCCUGGUAGAAGUAUCGGGUCUCCCGAUCCAAUUGGCGAAGACACUUUUGAAGGGUUUGAUACAAAAGUACUAGAACUGAAAACCGUAUUUAAUAUGAAAGGAAAUUUAGGAAGAAAAAGGAGGCAAUCUGCUCUUGUUGUAACAGGUAACGGUAAUGGUUUAGCAGGAUUCGCUUUGGCCAAAGGAAGUGACGCCAGAAUAGCAUUGAGAAAAGCAAAGAAUAGAUCUGCUCAGAAGCUAAUGCACGUAAAACUAUUUAGAAACCAUACAGUUUGCCACGACUUUUUCACUCAAUUCGAUACGACAAAAAUAUUCGUUUAUCAAAAGCCCGAAGGAUAUGGACUAAUUUGCCACAGGGCUAUAAAAACCAUCUGCGAGGUUAUUGGAAUUAAAAACAUGUAUGCCAAAGUGGAAGGAUCAACUAACGUAAAUAAGAUAUUAAAAGCAUUCUUCUUGGGACUACUAAAACAGAAAACACCGGAGGAAAUUGCCGAAGAAAAAAAGCUUCACUUGGUUGAGCUUUGCAAGGAAAAUAAUUAUUUCCCAAACGUGAUAGCAUCUCCGAAGGAAUGUCGAAAGCCCGAAGAAAUACCUAAAGAUGAAGUGAUGGAUUACAAACAAUAUUGUUUUGAUGGUAGAGUCGUUUUGCAUAAGAAAAAGAUGCCACCAUUUUAUUCUACAUACAAAUCGUACCAGAUUUAUCUGAAGAAACAAGAAAAACUGAAAAAUCAAUUCAAAGUUAAAACAAAUUUAAUAGCUGAAUAUGGGGAGAUCAGAAGUUUUAUGGCAGAUAAAUAUCCGGAAUGUACACAGUACAGGAGGGAGAAGAAAUCUGAAGAAAAUGAAACCGAAGCAAGUUAAUUUGUUACAUUUGUAAAAAAGGAAUAAAAAAUGUUAAUAUAGUU